AUGACAUAUACCGUCACCAUCCCUAAGAGAACGGACUACGCCUUCGAUUUAGGCAAGUUCGGACGACGCAUCACAACCUGCAACCCUGAUGCCCAGGUCUGGUUCAAUCGCGGUCUGAUUUGGGCCUACGGCUUUAACCACAAGGAAUCAGCGGUAUGCUUUGAGCAGGCCAUUACACACGAUGAAUCCUGCGCCAUGGCCUACUGGGGCCUAGCGUAUGCCCUGGGCCCCAAUUACAAUCAGCCCUGGGAAUUGCUUGGUGCCGAUCUCAACAUUGUCGUGCAACGCACCUAUCACGCCGCGCAAAAGGCACAGUCUCUUGCCGCUAAUGCGACGCCGAUGGAACAGGCUCUUAUAUCCGCCAUCCAAGAUCGCUAA